AUGUCUUCUUCUUCUCAGUUCAAACAGUUGGAAAAAUUAGGUAAUGGUACCUAUGCUACUGUUUAUAAGGGUUUGAACAAAACCACUGGUGUGUAUGUUGCCCUGAAAGAAGUUAAAUUAGAUUCCGAAGAAGGUACACCAUCUACAGCAAUCCGUGAGAUUUCAUUAAUGAAGGAGUUAAAACAUGACAAUAUUGUUAGAUUGUAUGAUGUAAUUCAUACCGAAAAUAAGCUAACUUUAGUAUUUGAAUAUAUGGAUAAAGAUUUGAAAAAAUACAUGGAUUCUAGGACAACUGGAAACUCGCCACAGGGGUUAGAGUUAAGUUUGGUUAAAUAUUUCCAAUGGCAAUUAUUUGAAGGUAUUUCAUUUUGCCAUGAAAAUAAGAUAUUACAUCGUGAUUUAAAACCACAGAAUUUAUUGAUUAAUAACAAGGGACAAUUGAAAUUAGGCGAUUUCGGUUUAGCUAGAGCGUUUGGGAUUCCAGUGAAUACGUUUUCCAGCGAGGUGGUGACGUUAUGGUAUCGUGCCCCUGAUGUGUUGAUGGGAUCUCGCUCAUACUCCACCUCUAUUGAUAUGUGGUCAUGUGGAUGUAUUUUAGCAGAGAUGCUUACAGGUAAGCCAUUAUUCCCAGGGACUAAUGAUGAAGAACAAUUGAAAUUAAUAUUUGAUAUGAUGGGCACACCUACUGAAUCUACAUGGCCGACAGUGACAACGUUACCAAAAUACAAUUCUAAUUUUUCUAUCCAAGUACCUAAAGAUUUAAAGAAACUGUUACAACCAUUUACCAAAGAGCAGCUUGAUGACAUUGUGAUUGAUUUGUUGAAUGGGUUAUUACAGCUAAAUCCUAGUAUGAGACUAAGUGCCAAACAGGCGUUACAUCAUCCAUGGUUUUCAGAAUAUUAUCAACAACAACCUCAUCAAUGA